AUGCCCGGGGUGCCCAAAGGACGGGCCUGUGAUGGGUGUCGCAAACAAAAGAAGAAGUGCGACGAGAAACAACCUACCUGCGGCCGAUGCCUUCGCCUCAAGUUGACCUGUGUGGGGUCUGGUCAGCAACGAUAUAAAUUCAAGCAGGACCACCGAUUCAUGCCAGAUUCCAACCAAAGUCAGAUCAUCUCUUUCGACUCGUCAAGUUCAAGUUCAAGUGGAAGUGAAACUCCACCAUUUAAUAUCCCUCCGAUUUGCCCCGGUAAUAAUAUUACAUUCCUAACGGGUUUGUUUGUCGGAGCCAUCAAACGGACCAAUGAUCUGCGAUACAACUUAUGGUGGUCGUUUGGUUUCUUUCUGGAGGAAAUUCCCCGGCGCAUCGGCACCAAUGAAGCACUUGACCGCGCAGUAAGUGCUUUGACCACUGCGCAUGCUAGCUUUUGUGCCGGUCAAGCAAUUUCGGUAGACGCCCUAUUCAAGUACUCUUCUGCUCUGCGAACUCUGAGGGUUUAUUUGGACGACCCUACCCAAGCAACCUCUUCCAGCACACUAUGCGCAGUCAUGAUUCUGUUACUUUGCCAGUCAUUUCAUGGACCCAGCGGACGGACGGUGACAGGCCACGCUCAGGGCGCGUCCAAUAUUUUGCGAGCUCGAAAGCAUUUUGGGCCACGCGAUGAAUUUGAGAAGAAACUGUUUCUCUCCCUUAGAGGGAGUGUUCUAUUCGAGGGAUUAUACAACGAUGCCAUCGACCUAAGUCCAGAAGAGUGGGAAUCCUUGGUCACGAAUGACUUUGACCAAGACUACCCCGAAGGACGUAUCCUAAAAUGUCUAGCCAAAGCCCCGUUUCUCAUCAAACGUGGGAAGCAGGCUAAGCUCAACAUGGAAGAUUUGGGGCCCCUAGCAGAGGAAGUCCGAUCAAUAUAUGGUAACUGCAAGCUGAUUUUGGAGGAGCUGAAAGCAAGAAAAGGGGACUGUGAAUCAUCAGACCUCGGUGAUGCACGCACAUUCCUACCCCGAUUACUGCAAGCUCAUUAUCUGCGUACAUAUGGCAUUGGUCUUGCUAUCACUAUCUUCUUCAACUGCAUGCUCCAGGCACUGGGAUCCAAGGACCCCAUAUACAGCGAAGAGUCAACAUAUCUGGUCGAGGAGACUCUUUUACAUGCCAAAGAGGGUAACAUGUUCAGGCCUGUUGGAGCAGGCUACAUCAUUAUGUGUUUGGCAUCGGCAUGGGCUGCUACCACGGAUCCCCAACUAAGACUAAAGGUCGAGGCCUGUCUGCUUGACUACUACGGAGACUUCUCGAUGCUCCGUGAGCCUCAACUUUACCAGCACUUGGAAUGGUCAAGAGACAAUCUUUGGCUUGAUACUUCCGGAAAGAAUGUAGAUUAA